AUGACCAAUAUCAGCAAUCGAAAGAGACUUGCAUUCUUGUUCAUCCUCUUGAUCAAUGUCGCGACAUUUCCAUUUUGUCAGGGCCUGGUGGUUUCGCCUGUUCAUUCAUCGAAUCGUGUGCCAACAAUAAAAUCCAAUGACCAUUCCGCUGGCUUGAGUGCUCUUCUUGAGAGUCGAGGUGGAGAUAACGAUUAUGUUGUUUCGAGUGGGCAAUCAAUGCAAAGCACAAGCAAUCUGCAGCUAGGUAUGGUUGGUCUGGCUCCCAUUAAGCUUGCCUGGACCACUUUUGCCGCCACAAUUGGGUUGCUGGUCCGAGAAAUCAACAGCCUCUCGUUUCACCAAAAGAUCUUUUGCCUCAGCACCUUUCUGCUGGGAUUUUCGUUGGGCCGAAUGCGACCCUUUUGGAAACGGUACACGGAUAUGAAUGACAUUCCAUCCAGCUUGUUUGGAAAAGAACUGCGUGGAAGAGCCGUCUCCGUGAGCGAUGGUGACACAAUUCGCUUUCUUCAUCAGCCUACAAGGUUCCAUCCCGCGUCUCUGAAAAAGGGCGAGAAGGUCUCGGAACUGGCGCUGCCAAUUCGACUUUGUACCAUUGAUACCCCCGAAACGGCCAAAUUUGGCAAAUCAGGACAACCCUUUGGAAACGAUGCCAAGGAACAUCUCAAAAGCAUGCUGGAAGAAAAGGUUGUUCGGAUUCGGUUGUUGCAAAAGGAUCAGUACAGCCGGGGCGUGGCGGAAGUGUUUACACGCUCUCCAUUUCCCUUUUUGUGGAAGCGAAAGUACAUGGAUGCUCAAAUGUUGAAAGAAGGCCUGGCAGAAGUGUACACGGGAGGAGGAGCUGUCUAUGGACCUCUUGGAAAAGAUGAAUAUCUCACCAUGGAGGAAAAUGCACGAAAGGCAAAGAAAGGCAUUUGGUCACAGAAGAACCGAGAAUCCGCGGCAGAGUACAAGAAACGGAACAAAUAA